CCGGAAGUGACGUCUCCCAGGGGGGGCUUGGCCCGCCGGGGGCGUGCCCCGCCAGCCCGAGGGAGGGGCGGGGCGGCUCCUGUUAGUUCCUCAAUGGGCUCGGGCGGCGCGCUGCCCCGGCACCCAAGCCGGCAUGGGAUAAAAGAUUGCCCUCUCAGAGAAACUUAACCUGUGGGGUUUUGUUUCUUUUGGAGCAACAACUCAAUGAACUGAUGAUAGCAGUUAAAGUGCAUUUGGCAGCUGACUUUGUCACAGUAACAAGUGACUGCAAGAAGUGACAAACUGCAAAGGAUUUCUAUGUUCCCUGGCUACUGAGAAUAUGCACAAUAUCUCAGAUAUUGGAGUGGCUGCAGUUUCAACAUAGAACAGUUUACUGCUUGUAAAGAUGUCGGUUAGCGCAACGGAGAGUGACCCUCCUAGAUUCUUUGUGGGUGGUGAAGAUGGAGAUGAAUUAUUGGAUUCAUCCAGAUCUGUCAACUUCGAUCAUUUCUAUGACCAUGCAGAGGAGGAGGAUGAAGAGUAUGAUUCUCCACCAGAAAGGCUGAUUGUGGUUGGGAUAUGUUCCAUGGCAAAGAAAUCCAAGUCCAAACCAAUGAACGAAAUUCUGGAACGCCUAUCCAUGUUUAAGUACAUCACAGUGGUAAUAUUUGAAGAGGAUGUCAUUUUGAAUGAACCUGUAGAAAACUGGCCUUUAUGUGACUGUCUCAUUUCUUUUCAUUCUAAAGGAUUUCCACUGGACAAAGCAGUUGCCUAUGCAAAACUCAGGAAUCCAUUUGUAAUCAAUGACUUGAACAUGCAGUAUCAUAUACAAGACAGGAGAGAAGUGUAUAGCAUCCUCAAAGCUGAAGGCAUUUUACUUCCUCGUUAUGCAAUUCUGAACCGUGAUCCAAACAACCCCAAAGAAUGCAAUUUGAUUGAAGGAGAAGACCAGGUGGAGGUGAAUGGGGAAGUUUUCCAAAAGCCAUUUGUAGAGAAGCCAGUAAGUGCCGAGGACCACAAUGUAUACAUUUAUUAUCCAACAUCUGCUGGUGGUGGAAGCCAGAGACUUUUUCGAAAGAUUGGCAGCAGGAGCAGUGUUUAUUCCCCUGAAAGCAAUGUGAGAAAAACGGGCUCCUACAUUUAUGAGGAGUUCAUGCCUACAGAUGGCACUGAUGUAAAGGUGUACACAGUAGGUCCAGACUAUGCACAUGCUGAAGCUAGGAAGUCCCCAGCUUUGGAUGGCAAGGUAGAACGAGACAGUGAAGGAAAAGAAGUGAGAUAUCCAGUCAUCCUGAAUGCACGAGAGAAGUUGAUUGCUUGGAAAGUGUGCCUUGCAUUUAAGCAAACAGUUUGUGGCUUUGACUUGUUGCGUGCUAAUGGACAAUCCUAUGUCUGUGACGUCAAUGGCUUCAGUUUUGUGAAGAACUCCAUGAAAUACUAUGAUGAUUGUGCGAAGAUACUUGGAAAUAUCAUAAUGCGAGAACUUGCUCCACAAUUUCAAAUCCCAUGGUCAAUACCUUUGGAAGCUGAAGAUAUCCCUAUUGUGCCAACUACAUCUGGAACAAUGAUGGAGUUGAGAUGUGUUAUAGCUGUAAUACGUCAUGGGGACCGUACACCAAAACAAAAAAUGAAAAUGGAAGUUAAACAUCAGAAAUUUUUUGAUCUCUUCGAAAAAUGUGAUGGAUAUAAGUCAGGAAAACUAAAACUGAAGAAACCAAAACAGUUACAGGAGGUGCUUGAUAUAGCAAGACAGCUCUUACUAGAACUUGGGCAAAACAAUGACUCUGAAAUUGAAGAAAGCAAAGCAAAACUUGAGCAGCUGAAGACUGUUUUGGAGAUGUAUGGGCAUUUUUCUGGCAUAAAUCGCAAAGUCCAGUUAACCUAUCUCCCUCAUGGCUGCCAGAAAACUUCUAGUGAAGAAGAAGAUAGCAGAAGAGAUGAACCAUCCCUACUUCUGGUUCUGAAAUGGGGAGGAGAACUGACCCCUGCAGGCAGGGUCCAGGCAGAGGAGCUAGGGAGAGCUUUCAGAUGCAUGUACCCAGGUGGACAAGGAGAUUAUGCUGGAUUUCCUGGAUGUGGUUUGCUUAGAUUACAUAGUACUUAUCGACAUGAUCUGAAAAUCUAUGCUUCUGAUGAGGGACGAGUUCAGAUGACUGCAGCAGCUUUUGCAAAGGGAUUACUGGCUUUAGAAGGAGAGCUCACUCCUAUUCUUGUCCAGAUGGUGAAAAGUGCUAAUAUGAAUGGUCUGUUGGACAGUGACAGUGACUCUUUAAGCAGCUGCCAGCAUCGUGUUAAAGCAAGGCUCCAUGAAAUACUCCAGAGGGAUAGAGAAUUUAUGCCUGAAGACUAUGAAAAGCUUACUCCAUCUGGAAGCAUCUCUCUGAUGAAAUCAAUGAAGGUGAUCAGAAAUCCUGUGAGAACAUGUGACAAGGUUUAUUCCUUGAUCCAGAGUUUGACUUCUCAAAUCAGGCAGCGAAUGGAAGAUCCCAAGUCCGCGGAUAUUCAACUUUACCAUAGUGAAACACUAGAGUUAAUGCUGCGCAGGUGGGCCAAGCUGGAAAAGGACUUUAAAACAAAGAAUGGAAGAUAUGACAUCAGCAAAAUCCCUGAUAUUUACGACUGUAUAAAAUAUGAUGUCCAACAUAAUGGAUCCUUAAAAUUAGAAAACACAAUGGAAUUAUACAGGCUAUCAAAGGCAUUAGCUGACAUUGUGAUCCCUCAGGAAUAUGGUAUUUCCAAGGUUGAGAAACUAGAGAUUGCCAAAGGCUACUGCACUCCUCUAGUUAGGAAAAUUCGUUCUGACCUUCAGAGGACUCAGGAUGAUGACACUGUAAACAAGCUUCACCCUCUAUACUCCAGAGGUGUUAUGUCUCCUGAACGUCAUGUUCGUACUCGGUUAUAUUUCACAAGUGAGAGUCAUGUCCACUCCUUAUUAUCAACUCUUCGUUAUGGUGCCUUAUGUGAUGAAUCAAAAGAUGAACAGUGGAAACGAGCUAUGGACUAUCUCAAUAUUGUCAGUGAACUCAAUUACAUGACCCAGAUUGUUAUCAUGCUCUACGAGGAUCCAAACAAGGAACUUUCUUCAGAGGAACGUUUUCAUGUGGAGCUUCACUUUAGUCCGGGAGCUAAAGGCUGUGAAGAGGAUAAAAACUUACCAGCUGGUUUUGGAUAUAGACCUGCCUCCCGAGAGAAUGAAGGCUCAAAGAAAACCUCCCAUAAAAAUGAUAGUGAUGAGGAGUCACAUACUUCUAAAAGGGAUGAAACGGAUCGAUCAAUAGUGGUAUUCAAGCCAAUGGUGUCAGACCCAAUUCACAUACACAGAAAGUCGCCCCUUCCAAGAUCCCGGAAGAUUGGUUCUGUUGAAGUCCUCUCAGACAACAAUAGUAACUUACGAACACCAAGAACUAUACUGGAACAAAAGCAGAGUGGUUUAGGGUCUCACUGUGCGGGCCUGUUUAGCACCUCAGUACUCGGGGGUUCUUCGAGCGCACCUAACCUACAGGAUUAUGCUCGUACUCAACGUAAAAAGCUGACUUCUUCUGGCUGCAUAGAUGACACCACACGUGGUUCUGCUGUUAAAAGAUUUUCUAUCUCAUUUGCUCGACACCCAACCAAUGAACAUCCACACCUCUUUAGGUGCUGGUCCAUUUCCUCUGUGGAAUUUCUAAGCCCCAGUGGUUUUGAACUAUAUUCCAUGGUGCCUUCCAUCUGCCCUCUAGAAACCCUGCACAACUCUCUGUCUUUAAAGCAGGUGGAUGAAUUUCUUGCCUCCAUUGCUGCUACUUCAAGUGACAACCUACCGGAGAUGUCUACUGCUUUAUGUUCUUCUUCAGCAUCUUCAAGUUCACUGUCUGGAAGAAAAAGUUCUUUAAAUACAUACACCCCUGCAAAAAUCCAACCAACACCACUUGCAGCCUUGCCUGAGAGGCUAGCAAUAGAGAAACCAACCUUAUCUACCAGUGGACCCUCCAAUGGCAUCUCUGAUGUUACUCCAUCUCCUAAAGAAUCUAGCUUGAUGUAAAAUUUGGUGAUGAAACCCUUACUGAGAAGAAAUGAAGGACUUCAGACAAAAUUGGAAGCAUCUUCCUUCAAAAACAAUCUUCAGUAGGCAUUUUUAAUGGUAGAAAAGCAGACUAAAUCUUGACUCAACUCUCCAAAGCCAUUCAUGUCUCUGUCUGUCUUGGUGCACUUACCUGUAUAUAAAUUUAAAUACUCUUAACUAGUGCACACUGUAUAUAUUCAGCUGAAAGGUCUCUUCUCAUUUUCUAAAAUAUUUAAAGCAAAGAGGUUUACUCAGUAGUAUAAUGAAUUGCACAACUUUAAUGAAAAAGCUGCACAUCAGUUUUUUCAGUGUCUGUUUACUAUAUAUGUAUACGAAGCAAAAAGAAAAACACCCCAACCCAACAGUAUGUAUUAUAGUGGCUCUCAAACCGCCACUGUAGUUGUCAUUAUAAACUCCUGUUUUCAGGGGGUUUAUAAUGUGGCUGUGAAUUUUUUUCCUGGGCUGAAAUUUGAUGCGCAUGAUCUUGGCUAGGAGCAUUUUUUUAUUUGAAUACAUUUCCAAAGAAAUCACUUGGCUCUUUGAGUUAAACAAGUGCUUCUUGCAUUUGAAUUUUUAAUACCAUAUAUGCUGCAGUAACUAGGCACAAUGGGGUGAAUUAAGGAUGUUAUAUUUUCACUUUGAAUCUCCUUGUUUUUUGUGUGUUUACAUCAGACCCCUAACAUUUGAAUAUACUUUUUAUUUUGUUGUUUAAUAUACAUGGUUAUAUAAGGAAUAUGUCUGUAUAUCCUCCUACAGAAAAAAAUUCUGUUUAUAUAUUUUCUUAUUCUAAGAAAUUCUUUUGUUUACUGAAAAGAUGCCUUUAUUUGCUACAUAGGUUUGUUUUUUAAAAAGUCACUUUAAAAAAGGCCACAAUAAAAAACAGGGUUUUUAAGAAGCAAUUACAGUUGGUCUGGUAGUAAAUUACCCUAGAAACUCUAAAUAUCCCAUUUGUACAUGGUGCGUCCUACCACCCUUUCAUAUGAAAGAGAAACUGCAGUGUUACCAGAAUGUUUAAUGUUUCAAAGUUUAUCUGAAUACUUAGGCUUCAGCAUUUUCUGUAAUGUUCAUACCAUUGGCAUUCUAAACGCAGCUGUUGUCAACAGCUCUCAUUAAGACUGUUGAAGACUUUAUUAGAGCUAUGAGAAGCUUUAGCAACUCAGAUUAUGCUUUUAAGUGGUCAGAUUUUGUAGAGCAGUCAUCCAGGUUCAGCAGUUUUGUGCUUUCAUCUGUGGCAUUUAGAAUUAUAAAAUGUAUUCAAAACAUCACUGUCCACUUUUGAAAGUUCAAGUGGCUGAUUAUUAAUAAUGACUUUAUAAACUGCAGUUAGACUUUUUUCCAGUUUAAAUUACAAGAGAUUUAGCGUCAAAGAAAUAUUUAAGCAUCAGAGCCUUGUUUUCCUUAUCCAGCAAUUCUCAACGUAACUACAGUUACACUAUGAACUUGCCACAGAGUCUGUACAAAUCUUUAAACAUGGCACAUGUGAAAUGGCUUCUAGAAAAUAGUCCUACUAAGUGCUGACUAAAUAAUUGAUACCAAAAACAUAAAGGGUUCACAGUUGUAUAUUUCAAACAUUUCAUUUUCUAUAAUGUAACCAUGUAGUAUGGACAAUGUUUGUCUUGCACACAUUUGAAUGUACACAUCAUGUUUACUGUUUUUUAAAAACACUAUUAAAAUUAAGUGUGCAUAUCAUUCCAGUCAACCAAAGCUCUGGUUUAAAAAUUUUGAUGCGCUCCUAAAUAAAAACAAGGUCAAUGGCUAAU